UUUCCUCCUACUUCGUUUACCGUAUCGGAGGUUAUAAUCAUGACUCGGAAACGCCGUAACGGAGGACGUGCGAAACACGGCCGCGGGCACGUGAAGGCUGUGCGAUGCACCAACUGCGCGCGUUGCGUGCCAAAGGACAAGGCUAUCAAGAAAUUCGUGAUUAGGAAUAUUGUCGAGGCUGCCGCUGUAAGAGAUAUAAAUGAGGCCUCAGUGUAUCAGUCAUUCCAGCUGCCCAAGCUGUACGCUAAGCUCCACUACUGCGUGUCAUGCGCUAUUCACAGCAAAGUGGUGAGGAACAGGUCGAAGAAGGACCGUCGUAUCCGCACACCGCCUAAGAGUAACUUCCCACGUGACAUGUCACGUCCCCAAAAUAUUGUUAGGAAGUAAACAAUAAACUGGAAAAAC